AUUUUUCUUUUAAAAGUGCUGAAGUGAUGUCAUUUAAAAGUCCCUCCGUUCGCCGAAGUCGUGCGCAUAAUGGUAGCCAGCUUUUUAGCUUUCCCCAAUACCAGAGCGUAGCAGAGACUUACGGACUCUCUGUUGUGCACAAGAGCUAUAUGUCAGAUUCCUUUGCUCGCUGCUCUGGCCUCAACCACCACGACUUACUGGGACAUUUCGGCUGUGUCAAUGCCAUAGAAUUCUCUAGCAAUGGCGGAGAAUUCAUUGUUUCAGGUGGUGAUGAUCGUCGUGUUGUUGUGUGGAAUGUGGAAAAAUGUGUCUAUGGAACUCAAAAACCAAUAAUAAUGAAAGGAGAGCAUAGGUCUAAUAUAUUCUGUACUGUAUUUGACAAUGACAACAGACAUAUCUUUUCAGCAGGUAAUGAUAAUCAAGCACUGCGACAUGAUUUUACAACUGGUGAAGCAAUUGGCACGUACUAUCAUGAUGAUCCAGUCUAUGGACUAAAUAUUCAUCCAGAGGAUAACAAUGUGUUCCUUACAGCUUCUGAUGACGGAAAAGUUAUGCUGUGGGACAUUAGGACAUCUCCAGUCAGUGGGUCAUCAAUGUGCAUUGCACGGCAUGAAUCAGCCUUCCAUGCUGCUGUUUUCAAUCCAGUUGAUCCCAGCUUAAUAGCUACAGCUAACUCCAGGAAAGGUGUCCAACUUUGGGAUGUGAGAGUUCCAGUCAGCUGUUUAAGGCAGUUUAGUUCUGGAAUACCUCAGAUGUGUGCCAUGGGGCUCAAGUGGAACAUGGCAGGUGAUAUGAUAACAGCCCUUCGUCGCCGAAUGCCUCCAGUGCUUUAUCAUGUCAGGCACACCUCUGCAGUAGCUGAGUUUCAUCACCCUGGCUAUAGUAAUGUGUGUACUAUGAAAAGUAACUGCUUUGCUGGAAGCAAGGAUCAGUAUGUUGUUUCUGGCUCCGAUGACUUCAACGUGUACAUAUGGGAGGUGCCAAAUGAUUGGGCUUACCACGAUGAGCUGGUGACCAUUGGUAGAGCAUACAUGGUACUUCAUGGCCAUCGUUCCAUUGUUAACCAGGUUCGCUUUAACCCUGCUACACACAUGCUUAUAUCAGCAGGAGUAGAGAAAGUUGUUAAGGUGUGGAGUCCUUUUCCAAUACCAAGAGGUUACAGUAGCAAGGAAGCUUGUGUAGGAAGUAGAAGGGAACUUUAUUCUCAUAGUGACUAUCUAAGCUUUAUUCAAUAUGGUGGUCUCCCACUGUCCCAUGAUGAAUAUGAAAGCAAGUCAACUGACGAGGAUCCACGUAUGUUAGCUUUCUUUGACUCACUAAUCCAGCGUGAGAAAGAUAAUCUCCACUCUGAUUCAGAUGAUAGCUUCUUGAAUGAUUUACAUCUUAGUUUUAUCCUUGAACCUGAUAGCAGUGAAGAAAGUGACAGUGACCACACAGGAACCAGUAUGAGUCGUCUACUGAUGAGGGAACUUCUUCAUCGACCCAGCCCAGGGCCAACAGAUAGGGAGGUAGCUACAAACAGCUCAAGUCAAGGUGUGCUUCGACGGUUAAGACAUCUUAGAGAUGCAGCUGUAAUUCGAGAUCUGCUAAAUGCAGAUAGUAGUAGUAGUGAUGAUGGUAGAGAUACACAUUUCAAGGUUGUCCCACCUGAGCUACCCCAAGAUCUCGGAAGUGGGCAAAGUACUGUGCAUUCUCCAACUCAAUUUAAAAGACAUCAGUCUCGUACAAAUAGAUGCUAUCGUGUUCAAAACAGAUCAAGGAAUGAAAAUGAGAGCAGUAAUGUUUUGUGUGACUCCUCUUCAUCUGACAGUGAUUGUAAAUAUAGCCGGCAAAAGUCAAAAGAGAGUAGUAGCAGUAGCAGCAGCAUUGACUCAGAUGAUGAUUCUAGAAUUUCAAAGGCAGCAAAGAAGAAUACAGAAAGUGGCAGUGAUGAAGCUAAGUCGUACAAGUCAAUAAAGAAAAGAAAGAAGAGACAUUUACACAGGACAAAUGUAAAGAGCCCUUCUAAUAGCUUGGAAACAUGUGAAACUAUUUGUAAAGCCACUGAGCAUAAAAUGGAUGGAUUUACAGAUAAUAGAGACAGCCAUAUGGCAAACUGCAACUCUCAAGUGAAAGUAACUAAAAGCAAUGAAGAGUUUGUACCCUCCAAAGCAGAGUGUUCAGAAUCAAAUGAGAGUAACCACCACACAGCUGCUAAUGGCAGUAACUGGACAGGCCAAUCAGACAAUGUUGUAACUAUUAACAAGAAAAAUGGCAAUACACAGAGAAAGGAAGAGGAUGAGGAGAAUGAUUCUAACAGAUAGCUACAUUUUGGAGUGGCUUAUCAUGUGCACUUCUACUAAAAAUGUCAUUUCUCUGGAUAGGUACUGAUUGGCGAAUUCUAAUUUCUUGAAGCUCAAUCUGCAGACCAGGGGAAGAUACUCCCAUGUAUAGGCUAUAAAAUGGUUUUGUGCUACUGUCAAGGGUGUGGUUUUCAAGCAGGUUAGUCUGAGAGGAUAGGAUCUAAAAAUCAGAAAGUUUUGGUCUACAGUAGAGUAUCAUUUUCUCAGAAACUGACCAGUGGUAAGACAAAUGUGGCCUGGCCU